UUUCUCUUUGGUCUUGCUUCCUCUCUUUCGUUUUGCCCUUUUUUUUUGAUUCCCCCACCAAGUUUUUCCUUGUAGUUCUUUCCCCUAAAGAUCCAUCAAACUUUAUUAAAGAAGGAAGAAGAAAGAGAUAAUAAAGGGUAUAGAAGAACAAUGUUUUUCUCAUCCAAUUGGUCACAGCCGACGAACUCGAAUCAUCAGAUUCAUCAUCAACUUCAUGAAAAUGGAAGUAUAGUUAAUGGCGACGGGCUAUUCUCUCACCAACUAAUUCCACCUAACCCACAAAACCCUAACCCUAACCACCACCAUGCUGCUGUCUCCGGUGGUCAUCCGGCGAGGCUGGGUGGAUCCAUGGCGGAGAGAGCGAGGCAGGCCAAAGCUCCUCCGCCUGAGGGAGCCCUAAAGUGUCCUCGGUGUGACUCCAUCAACACUAAGUUCUGUUACUACAACAACUACAACCUCACUCAGCCUCGCCACUUCUGCAAGGGUUGCCGCCGCUACUGGACACGUGGCGGCGCCCUGAGGAACGUCCCCGUCGGUGGAGGCUGCCGGAGGAAUAGCAAAAAGGGCAAAAAUGGUAAUUCAAAAUCUUCUUCUUCUUCGUCCAAACAGUCUUCUCAAACGGUCAACACUCCAAGUUCUAGCUCAGGACAGCUAAGGACAAAUCAUCAGUUCCCCUUUUUACCAACACUUCACAAUCUCACUCAACUCGGAGGUAUUGGUUUGAACUUAGCCGCCACUAAUGGCAACAACCAAGCUCCUCACCAGAUCGGUUCAAGUUUGAUGAACGAUCUAGGGUUUCUUCAUGUCGGAAAUGGACGAAACACUUCAGCUCCGAUAACCGGAAACAUUCAUGACAGCAACAACAACAACAAUGAAAACAACCUAAUGGCCUCCGCUGGAUCGCUGAGUCCAUUCGCUCUCUUCGAUCCAACGACGGGGCUAUACGCUUUCCCUAACGAAGGCAAUAUAGGAAACAACGUCGGAGUUUCUUUUUCCUCUACUUCCAUGGUUGAUUCUAGAGCUUACCAGACCGCUCCGGUGAAGAUGGAAGAACAACCCAAUCUGGUUAACUUGUCUAGACCGGUCUCCGGUUUAACGUCACCGGGAAACCAAACAAAUCAGUACUUUUGGAACAAUUCGGAUUUCUCGGGACCUUCUUCUAACGAUCAUCAUCAGCUCUUGUGAGAUUUUGUGUUUUGUGGGAUCAUUAAUGUAUGUUAUGACGUGGAGGCUGAUUUAAAUGACUAGGAACGGUCAGGAUCAAAUGCAUGCAGAGUACGUGUGCGGGACUAUAUAUGAUCAUGGAGACGUAAUGAGACAACCGAAAAGGUAUCUUGAUUAGAGUGUGUGGAUUCAACAACUUAAGAUCGAUACUUAUUUACAUAUAGAUAUUCAGGUGUGUCAUAUAAUUUGUUUUGUAUUGUGUGGUUUCAUGGUUAUCUGAUUCUCAAAUUGCUAUACCUCGAUGAAUUUGUGUCGUUUGUCGGUUUGUGUAACAGUCCAACUUAUAUAUUCUUAAUUUUAACUAGAUCUCAUUGAAUGUAUAAUAUUUUUCAGCUA